AUGAAGAUCGAAGGGUUCCGAAACGGUUUUGUUAUCGCAAGCGAGACAGACACACUCUUACUCUUCCAUGGAUGGAUGGAUCCAAUGUCAGAAUUGAUCUUGCCGCUCCCGUUCCAUCCUGGUUCUUUCCAACGCCUCCCAACCCCCAAAAAGUGGGAGUUCCAACAAAUCAGCUCCCGAGUACCUACCUCAAGCGAGGAACAUCGGGACGUGAGCCAGAAGCCAGAGAAGCCCAAGAUCCAGGGCAAGACGAGGUUUAGUGGAUCGCUUCCCUUCCACCACGUACAGUACCUACGGACGGUGACCCUCUGCAGCGGGUUUCCCUAUGUUUCCGAUGCUGGAACCCGCUACGAGGUACCCGUUCUGGAAAUGUGA